AUGGCUGCUUGGGCUGCUGAGGAGCGGCGGCUGCAGCAGCAGCAGCAGCGGCAGCAGCAGCAGCAGCAGCAGCAGCAGCGCGCAGCUCAGUCCAGCGCAGCAGCAACGCGCAGCACAACUGCCACUCCUUUGAGCUGCCUUUCGACAGCAGCAGCAACAGAAGCAGCGACGGCGCUGCUGUCGGACUCGGAGCGAGACCACAGCAGCAGCAGCAGCAGCAGCAGCAGCUGCAGCAGCAGCAGCAGCAGCAGCAGCAGCAGCAAAGUGAGCCUGGUCCGCGUGCUCGUGCGCGCUUAUGGCCUCACCUGCCUGGGCUCUGCCUUUUUAAAACUCAUUUAUGAUUUGCUGCAGUUCGUUGGCCCUUUGGUUUUGAAGCGGCUCAUCAACUUCCUCCAAAGCCCCGAAGAAAAAAGUGCUGGAGAAUGGGUAGGAGUGAGUGUUGCAGCAGCAGGGGUUUGCGAGGCGGUGCUGGCGCUGCGGCGCGGCCGUUGGAUAAACCGGCGGGUGAGCCGGCAGCAGCGGGUGCUGAUGCGGGCGCGGGACCUGCGCAGCAGCAGCAGCAGAGAGCUGCUGUGCUGCAUGCGGACUCUGAAGAUGUAUGGCUGGGAAGCAGCAUUUGGGGAGAAGAUCCAGCAGCAGCGGGAAGCCGAGCUGCAGCAGCUGCUGCAGUACUGGCAGCUGCAGGUGUGGGGCCGCUGCCAGUGGCUGGGGGCCCCCGUGGCCGUGGCCGUGGCCUCCUUCGGGGCCCUGCUGCUGCUGCGGGGGCCCCCCGAUGCUGCAGCAGCUUUCACAGCUUUGGCUCUUUUCAAUCUUUUGAAGUUUCCUCUCCAAGUGCUGCCACAAACAGCAAACAACACCAUCGAAGCUGCUGUUGCUCUCGAGCGCAUCCAGGCCUUCUUGCUGCUGCCCGAGGCCGACGGGCUCGCCGCGCUGCGGCGCCCCCAGCAGCAGCAGCAGCAGCAGCAGCAGCAGCAGCAGCAGCAGCAGGGCCCCAGCCCCCUCCAGUGCGCCAGGGGGUAUAACUUCUUCUGGCCUAAUGGCACUCCUCUUCUACAGGGAGUCAACUUCAAAUGCGGACCAGGCAGGCCUCCUCCUGCUGCUGCUGCUGCUGCUGGGGACUUGGUGGCGAUUGUGGGGCCGACGGGCAGCGGGAAGAGCGGCUUGCUGCUGUCGCUGCUGGGCAACACGCUUCGCCAGAAAGACCCCAGCAGGCAGCAGCAGCACAGCAGCAGCAGCAGCAGCAGCAGCAGCAGCAGCAGCAGCAGCAGCAGCAGCAGCAGCGAGUUGUUUGUCGACGGCACUGUGGCCUACUGCAGCCAAGUCCCUUGGAUUCAAAACGCCACUCUUCGCGAAAACAUUCUUUUCGGCCUUCCCUACGACCACGACUGGUACUGGAAGGUGGUGGAAGCCUGCGCACUGAGGGGAGACUUGGAAAGUUUCGCGGGAGGAGACUUGGCGGAAAUUGGAGAGAAAGGAAUUAAUUUGUCGGGGGGUCAAAAGCAGCGAGUGGCGUUGGCCCGCGGGGUGUACAGACAGUGCGCGGUGUACGUACUGGACGACUGCCUCUCCGCCGUCGAUCCCUUCGUCGCUCAUCACAUUUUUUCUUUUUGCUUUUUGGAGUUGCUGCAGCAGAAGACAGUUCUCUUCGCGACUCACAGACUCGCGCUGCUGCCGCGCUGCUCCAAGUUGCUGUUCCUUGCGCGGGGCCAGCAGCUCUUCUUCGGCCGCCCCGACGACGCAUGGGCAUUGCCGGCCUUCAGCGCAUUUGCUGAAACAAUUAGAAAGGAGACAGAAGAGGAGCAGCAGCUGCAGCAGCUGCAGCAGCAGCAGCAGCAGCAGCAGCAGCAGCAGCAGCAGCAGCAGCAGCAGCUGCAGCUGCGCGGUCAGAGCUUCGUGCCCACCAGCAGGCAGCUGCAGCGGCUGGAAGCAGCAGCAAAAGGGCCGCUGCUGUCUUUCUUUUUGGAGCUGCUGGAGGGCCGCGAGACUGUUGCUGCGCUGCAGCAGCAGCAGCAGCAGCUGCUGCUGGCCCACGCCAAGGCCGACAGCAGCACGAAGCUGAGUUACUUGUCUUUGGCGGUGAACCGCUGGCUGGCGGUGCGGCUGGAGCUGCUGGGCGCUGCAGUCGUUGCUGCUGCUGCUGCUGCUGCAGCAGCAGCAAAAGGCGCAGUUUCUCCGGGACUCGGAGGACUUGCUGUUGCUGCUGCUCUCUCCAUCACGCAGCAACUCAACUGGCUAGUUCGAAUGGCUAGCGAGCAAGAGUCAGCAAUAGUUGCUGUUGAGAAGAUCAACGAGUACAGACACAGAGUCGCUCCGGAGCGCCUGCUGCCCGCCUCCCCCGCUGCUGCUGCUGCUGCUGCUGCUGCUGCUGCUGCAGCAGCAGCAGCAGCAGCGGGGGAGGCGGGGGAGGGGACGGGGACCGCAGCAGCAAAGGCGCUCGCGGGCAGCGCCGCAGACUCGGCGGCGGCCGCGGCGGCGGCGGCGGCGGCUGCUGCUGCUGCUGCUGCUGCGACGGCAGCAGCAGCAGCAGCAGCAACUGCAGCAGAGAACUGGCGACAGCUGCUGCCCCCAGGAUGGCCCUCGAGGGGAUCUUUGGAAGCAAAAAAUUUGUCAGUUCGAUAUCGAGCGGACUUGCCGCUCAUCAUCAAACGCAUCUCCUUCAAGAUCGCGCCAGGAGAAAAGGUGGGCCUGGUGGGGCGGACGGGGGCGGGAAAAAGCAGUUUGCUGCUGACUUUGCUGCGGCUGGUGGAGCCCUGCGAAGGCUUUGUUGCUGUUGACGGCGUCGACUGCCAGCUGCUGCCCCUCAGGUUCCUCCGCUCCCUCUUCUCCAUCAUUCCCCAGGCACGCCUGCUGCUGCUGCUGCUGCUGCUGCUGCUGCUGCUGCUGCUGCUGGAGGACCCGGUGUUGUUUGAAGGUUCUUUGCGGUUUAAUAUUGACGCUUUGGGGCAGCACAGCGACGAGGAGAUUUGGGCAGCAGUUGAAAAGGCCCAUUUGUCGGAAAGUUUGAAGCAAAUGAUAAUUAACAACAAAAAGUCCAGCUUUAAUAAUGCCAUUGAUGCCAUUAAUGGCAGCAGCAGCAGCAGCAGCAGCAGCAGCAGGCGCAGCAGCAAGGGCAGCAGCAGGAGCGGCCACGAAGCAGCAGCAGCAGCAGCAGCAGCAACGGAGUCCGAGGACCAGCUCAAAGUCGCGAUGCUGCCAGCAGCAGCAACAGACUCAGAAACCGACGCGGAGAGCGAAGCGCCUGCUGCUGCUGCUGCAGCAGAAAGUCCUGCUGCUGCAGCAGCAGCAGCAGCAGCAGCAGGUUAUGUGGGAAUCGAAGUCGAAGACAUUGACCCCCUAGACAUGCACGUCGAAGAAGGCGGCAGAAACUUCUCUCUGGGACAGAGGCAGCUCAUUUGCCUUGCAAGGUACAGCAGCAGCAGCAGCAGCAGCAGCAGCAGCAGCAGCAGCAGCAGCGGGAGCAGCAGUAGUGGUAGUUGGAGUGUAGCAGCAGCAGCAGUUGAAUUAAUAGGAGGGGUGUGA